CACAAAUUUUUGUCUUGCUUUUCUGUAUUCAUUUCCGCUUGGUUUGAUACUAAUGCCUACAUAUCUCUUUCUUAUGUUGCAGCGCAUUACAAUUCCUGAAUUUUUGAAGGAUGAAUGGUUUAAAAAGGAUUACAGGCCUCCUGUUUUUGAGGAGAAAGAUGAUACAAAUUUAGAUGACGUUGAAGCUGUUUUUAAGGAUUAUGAAGAGCACCAUGUGACAGAAAAGAGAGAAGAACAACCAACAGCCAUGAACGCUUUCGAGUUAAUUUCUAUGUCAAAAGGGUUAAACCUCAGGAAUGAUGCAGAAGAGGUAUGUAUAUUAAGAGGUUUUUCGUUUUCUCGACUUCAUUUUCUUAUAUGACCUAUCAAACCCCGG